AUGUCUGUCAACGUUCCUGGAUUCAAAUCGUCAGUCGUCUUCGACCAGAUUGAGAAGGCACUUCAAAGUGAAACUGUUAAGAAGGAAACCAUUAAUAAGACAAAAGGUGUUUUUGAACUUGGUAUUAAAAACGCCGAAGGUAAAGAACAGAUAUGGACUCUAGAUCUUAAGAAAGAAGGGACAGUCAAAACUGGCAAGGCUGGUAAAGCAGAUUGUACGAUUAAAAUGGAUGACGCUGUAUUUAUUGAAAUAGCAUCAGGAAAAUUGAACUCCCAGAAAGCAUUCAUGACCGGAAAAAUGAAAAUCACAGGAAACAUAAUGCUUUCCACAAAAUUAAACAACGUUCUUGAACUUGCACCAAGAUCCAAGCUAUAA